AUGACUUCCGAGACAAGUGGCGAGACUUCGAGUCUCGAGCAUCUUCAUCGAGAAGCCUUUAAUUGUUUAGAAACAUUUCCGAACAAAAUCAUCGAACUGAAUGCUUUCAUCAACGAGUAUAUGCCGGAAUCUGUUAAAAACAACAAGUACGACGAGAACGCGGUUGGUCGAAAACCCAGGUGUCAAUCUACUCUUUCCACUACAAAAAAUUGUGACUUGAACAGCGUCUCAGAUUUUGGUGUUUCGAGUUACUAUUCUAUGUCGAUGUGUGAUCGCAGUCGAUCGCGACAUGGAAUUUGCAAGAGAAAAUAUUACCGAUCACGAGGGGUAGCUAGUUGCAAUGGGCGUCGAAGGCCCGGACCUCUUGGACAGUUAUUAGCGUUUAUAGUGAGCACUUUGACGGCGUGUACGAAGAAGAUUGUCAUUGCUCCCUCCAAAUACCUAAUCAAUAACGUUGUUUCAACGUUCUUCCAAAGGCGAGAGUUGAAAAACGCCGAAUGCGGACCUUCGCCCGAUUGGGACAGCUCUCUCUCGACUUGCAUGUUCGCGCUCAAGAAAGACACCACGGUCAUUGGAAAGCUCAUUGAUAUUAUGCGACCCGCUGUGGUGAAACUCAUCACCGACACAACGAUCCUGAAACGCUGGUUGCAAGCGGUCGCUUUGGCGACCCCGACGACUUCCACCGAGUUAACUAAUGCAACUCGCAACACCGAAACCAUCGACUGUUGGGCAUACGAGUUGUUCUUCCAUCUAAAGUACCUUCAAGUGCAUCGUGCACGACGAACCACCGCCGACAAAGUGCUGCUCGAAGAAGAAUCCAAGCCUAACGAGCUGAUUCACGCCAACUUGUGGCAUCGUUUGGUACAGCUUCGCGACAAUUACAUCAUCUUAUACGAAACGUUGCAGACCUACGACAAGACUCGUAACUCCGAGACGGAGAAACAGCAGGAAUAA